AAUGUCACUCUUCUGAAUAUCAGAUAAAAGCUCAGUAACGUGACGUGUGCUUGCGUGUUAAUGAAAGGCGUGUGCGCCAGGAAUUACUACAGUUUCAACUAUAUAUAUCCCUGUUAGGAGUGCCAUGUACGCAUCUGCACCUUGCGGCGUUUGCAGAGCUCAUAGAUCUGAUCUGGGCUAAAAAUAUAGGACAACUAAUUUCUUUCUUUCUUCAGUUUUCACAGUUCAAGUUGCAGAUGGAGAAAAAAGACACAGUCUAGGAAAAGUCGGGACUGAAAUUUGUUCCAGCUGUCAGUCAGCUCAGCGGACUUCAUUAUGUUCCACCAGCUGACGGAUCAAACAGUGAAUGAAAGCUGCCACGGACUCGCGUCAGUGUGCAACAAGAGCACCGAUGGAGAUGCACUCCAGCUGCCCACUUUCUCCACCGCAGCCAAAGUCAGAGUCAUCAUUACCUUCACUCUGUGCGCAGUGUCGGCUGUGUGCAACUUGCUUGUGCUUUGGGCUGCCAGCAACGGCGGCAAACGCAAGUCACACGUCAGGAUCCUCAUAAUGAACCUGACUGUGGCGGACCUGCUGGUGACUUUCAUCGUGAUGCCUGUGGACGCGGUGUGGAACAUCACGGUGCAGUGGCAGGCAGGAGACGUCGCAUGCAGGCUGCUGAUGUUCAUGAAACUGGUGGCGAUGUACUCCUGCGCUUUUGUGACCGUGGUCAUUAGCUUGGAUAGACAGUCUGCCAUACUCAACCCACUGGGUAUCAGUGAGGCCAAAAGGAAAAGCAAAAUCAUGUUGACUGUGGCCUGGACGAUGAGUGUGAUCCUCUCGCUCCCUCAGAUGUUUAUAUUCCACAAUGUGACCAUCACGGUCCCUGAGAACUUCACCCAGUGCACCACCCACGGCAGUUUUGUCCAGCACUGGCAGGAAACCCUUUACAACAUGUUCACCUUUGUGUGCCUCUUCCUCCUGCCUUUGGUCAUCAUGAUCUUCUGUUACACCCGAAUCCUCAUUGAGAUAUCAAGCCGCAUGGCCCGAAAUAACCUGGUGUCAAGAGAUGUGCAUCUCCGCCGCUCACACAACAACAUCCCUAAGGCUCGGAUGAGGACUCUCAAGAUGAGCAUUGUCAUCGUGACGUCGUUCAUCAUCUGCUGGACCCCGUACUACCUGUUAGGCCUGUGGUACUGGUUGUUUCCUGAGAAAAUGGAGGAGACAGUCUCUCAUUCACUCACUCAUAUGCUUUUUAUCUUUGGUCUCUUCAACGCCUGCCUAGAUCCCAUCACCUAUGGUUUGUUUACCAUUCAUCUUCACCAAGGUCUUAAGAGAUGCUGUCGAAGUGCAAACACCCGGACUGAAUUAGAAAAUAACACUUGCCUCGUGCACAUGACUCGUCUGUCAUCUCAUAGGCAGAUUGCCUCAGGUAGCCGCAGUGCAGACAUAGAGGAGGGAAAAGACAGUAACAUGAAAAGUGGCUCAAGGCGAGUCAUCCCAGUAAGCAAGAUGUAGUGGUCGAAAGCAUUUCAGUGAAAAGAAUCUCUGAUCUUAUCCAGCAGUGAGCUUAAUCUUUCUCUACAGAUGACA